CGGUUCCUCCUCUGCCGCCCCGCUGCCGCCGCCCGGUGGUCUCCUCACUUUCCUUUGUCCGUCCGCUCUCUUUCCCAAUCAUUCCCCUCCCUUCCCCAGCCGAGCUGCCUCCCCUCCCCUCUCGCCAUCGCUUCGCUUCGCUUCCUCCGCCAGCCACCCCGCCCUUGCGCCGUGGGGUCCCCUCCCCCGUCCUCCACCCCACCCACCUGCCCCGCUUGCCCCCCCAAACCCGCCGUCUCCGAUCCCGGCCCCCAGAUCCACCCCGCGCCCGCAUCCGCGACCUACUCUAGCUCGCCCGCUCUGCCGGAAGACGAGGGGCGCCGGAGCAGCAGGAGCGCGCGUCGGCGGGGAUGGAGGGCCUGGCGCAGCGCGCGGCGCUGCUGCGGGAGUCGCUGGGGAAGAGCCAGGCGGCCACCGACGCCGUCGUCUCCAUCCUCGGCUCCUUCGACAGCCGCCUCUCCGCGCUCGACGCCGCCAUGCGCCCCAUCCAGCUCAGGACGCAUGCCGUCCGCACCGCCCACGAGAACAUCGACCGCACCCUCCGCUCCGCCGACGUCAUCCUCACCCAGUUCGACCGCACACGAGAGGCAGAGCGCGAAAUACAGAAAGGUCCUAAUGAGAACCUCCAGGGUUUCCUCGACGCGGUCGACCGGCUGCGGAGCAUCGAGCGCUUCUUCAGCUCCAAUAGGAGCUACAGCAGCAGCGACCGUGUGCUCAGCCACGUGAAUGGCCUCCUCUCCAAGGCCCUGGUGAAGAUGGAAGGUGAAUUCCAGAACCAGUUGACUCAGCGCAGGUCCGUGUCUCAUCAUCCAUUUAAAUUGCUAUUUUUGUCUCGACGUUGCCUAACUCUUGCAUGGUGCGUGCGCCCUCUUAAAUGGUCCAGCAAACCGAUGGAGCCUGACCGUCUUUUCGACUGCCUUCCGAGUACGCUUCGGCCAUCAGCCGAGUCUCGGUCUGAAGGUGGGAAACACCCGCCAGGUGGCCCGCAAUCCGAUAACCAUGAAACCGCGGAGGCUGCCGUAUACAAGCCUCCUGCACUUAUUGAGCCCAAGUUUGUUCCUUUGCUUGCUAAAUUGGCACAGCAGCUGGUCCAAGCUGGAUGCCAACAGCAAUGCGCAGAAAUAUACAGCGAAGCUCGUGCUUCAGCUUUAGAGUCGAGUUUGAAGAACUUGGGUGUUGAGAAACUGAGUAAAGAUGAAGUGCAGAAAAUGCCUUGGGAGAUUUUGGAGUCUAAAAUAGGGAAUUGGAUUCAUUUCAUGCGAAUUGCUGUGAAACUUCUUUUCGCUGGGGAACGCCAGCUCUGUGACCAAGUUUUUGAAUGUAGCCAAUCUUUAAGGGAUAAGUGCUUUUCUGCAAUAACCAAGAACAGUUUGGCUACUCUACUCAGCUUUGGUGAGGCAAUUGCUAUGAGUAAAAGAUCACCGGAGAAAUUGUUUGUUCUGCUAGACAUGUAUGAGAUAAUGUGUGAACUUCAAACAGAGAUUGACACCAUCUUUGUUGGAGAACCAUGCUCUCAAAUGCGUGACUCUGCACUCAGUCUGACAAAAUGUUUAGCACAAACUGCACAGAAGACUUUCAGCGAUUUCGAAGAAGCUGUCGAGAAGGAUGCAACGAAGAAUAUUCAUACUGAUGGAACAGUUCAUCCUUUGACAAGCUAUGUGAUUAACUAUGUUAAAUUUUUAUUUGACUAUCAAUCAACUUUGAAACAGCUCUUCCAGGAAUUCAAAAGGGAAGAUGGAUCAGGUUCUGAGCUGGCAUCUGUGACCAUGAGUAUUAUGCAAGCUUUACAAAAUAAUUUGGAUGCAAAAGCAAAACAAUACAAGGAUCCUGCAUUGAUGCACAUAUUUUUGAUGAAUAACAUCCAUUAUAUUGUUAAAUCUGUCCGCAGAUCAGAAGCCAAGGAUUUAUUGGGGGAUGACUGGAUUCAAAGACAUCGAAGGAUUGUACAGCAAAAUGCAAACCAAUAUAGAAGGGUUGCUUGGUCGAAGGUGUUGCAAUGCCUCUCAGGUCAAGGUUUGACUUCAUCAGGAGGUAGUGGUCAAGUAGGAAGCGAAGGUGGCAAUAGCAGUGGAGCUUCAAGAACAGCUGUGAAAGAGAGAUUCAGGUCUUUCAAUAUGCAAUUUGAAGAGAUUUAUCAAAAGCAGUGUGGCUGGUCUGUUCCAGAUUCAGAGUUGCGCGAGUCACUGAGACUGGCUGUUGCAGAAAUUCUGUUACCCGCAUACAGAUCUUUCCAAAAGCGCUUCGGGCCUCUCAUUGAGAACAGCAAAGCGCCUGGGAAGUACGUCAAGCACACGCCCGAGCAGCUUGAGCUGUUCCUGGGCAACCUAUUCGAGGGGAAACAAGAACGUCCAUGAUAGCCGCAUCGCUGCCUGCCGUGCUUUUUCGAGGGUGCGAUGGUAUUCUGUAAAUUGGACCCCUGGUUGUCCAUGUGACUGAGUCGAACUGCAUCGGCCCUUGCCUCGGUGCAUGGUCUUUUGUACAGAGUGUAAGGUCUAGCUGUAUGUCUUGCCUUGCUUAUCAGAGUGGUAGGUGGUUUCGGUGUGCUGAGAAUUUUUUUGUUCUUUUGGGGGUGGGGGGGGGGGGGGGGGGGGGGGAGGAGGGGGGGGGAUUGGAAUUUUGGUACCGGCGGUGUUCGUCGGUGUUUCCCUGUUCGGCAUUGUAGUUCUGCAUAGUGGUAAUAAAGUUGACCAGAGUGAUCAGAUCAGUGGCUCGGUUAUGGAUUGUUGUAUUAUAGUUGACCGCAGUGAUGAGUUUGACCUGUUGUGCUUU